GGCCUUUCUCAAAAGAAACCCAACUAUUUCAUUGCGAAAGCCAGAGAAAGUAAGCCUGGCCAGACUUUCGGACUUUACAAAAUCAGCUGUAGAAGAAUUUUACUCAAGCCUCAGGGCAAUUUAUAAAAAAUACUCCUUCCAGCCAAAGGAUACAUAUAACUUAGAUGAAACUGAAGUAACUACGGUCUUAGAACCUCCUAAGACUCUUGCUCGAAAAAGUCAGAGAACAGUGUCUCAAGCCACCUCAGCAGAGCGUGGAAGCCUAGUAACCAUGGUUGGAAUUGUAUGUGCCAGUGUAAACCAUUUGCCCCCGGUUCUCGAAAGCAUUAACUUUUGCAGAGACAAUGGAAUUGUGAUGCUAUCUUUUCCACCUCAUACCUCGCACCGUUUGCAGCCCUUAGAUGUGUCCAUAUUCGGACCAUUUAAACAACUUGGCCGAAAGAGCUUCAAGGAUUUUACUGUUUCAAACAUCGGAGAACAAAUAACUAUUUCUGAUGUGGUAACGAAUCAUCCUUUCCAAAGGUUAUUAUCGUCAGAAAAUAUGUUGAAAGGGUUUAAAAGUACAGGUAUUUAUCCCUUUAACUCGCAAAUUUUUAGUGAAGACAUGUUUACGUUGGAAGACUUGCCGGAAGAAGAAUCUCGCCCAGUUAUUAAUGUCAGUGAAAACGUAGAAAACAGGCAAAAUAUAAUAAACGUACAAGAAAGCCCACAAAGCAAUUCGGCCCAAAACUGAACUCCUGAAAUGGUUCGUCCAAUCAAACGUUUGUGUGCCUUUAAAAAAACGGCCAAAAGUUCAACAUUCCGUAUCAUAACGAGUUCAGCUGAGAAACAGGAGAUGAUGGAACCUAAGAAAAAAACCAAAAAUAUUCAUAACGUAAAGCGAACUAUUGUGUUUUCAUAAAAAAAGCGAACGUUUUAAAGAAAAAAUCCAUAAAAUAUGACGUAAUUGAGUCUGAUACGACUAAAGAAAAUGAAGAUAACGUUUCCUACUGUAAAUCCAUGAAUUCCAUUGGUCCCAUUUCCGACGACGAAGGAAAUUAUGACAUCAAAGAUAACGACUUAUCUAAACGCAAAUUAACCGACGAAGAUAUAUGUAUUAGAUAUAGGAGAUUUUGUUCUGGUUAAAUUUGCUCCUAAAAAUCAAAAGCCUUUCCAUUAUAUUGGCGAAAUAACGAAAAAGUUCAGUAAUAACGCCUUCAACAUAAACUAUUUACGAAGAUUUGCAACAUUUAACUGGGUGUUUGUAAAACCAGGCCUAGAAGACAUCGCACCAGCUUCAAGAAGUGAAUUUAAACUUAAAUUACUACAGCCAAUUAAUCCAGCUGGCACAUCUCGAUGCCGGACGAAGUAUUUAUUUGAUGUUAACUUUGGAGACUGCUAUAUUAAAUAACACAGGCCGACAAAAUUUAACCAACAUUCAGACCCAGAAACCAGACUAUAUAUUUCCGAAGGUUUAUGAUGCGCUGAAUCCAAAUCUGGCUUCAGAAUUGCUCUAUCAGCUCUGGUUUUCGAGAUAUCCUAACCUAAAAGUGCAAAAAACACCGUUUUUGCUCAUA